CGAAAGGUUCAUUAAUUCAGUGAGGUGCAAGAGGGUUCUGUAAUGGGGAAUCGGGUGAAAUUUCCAGGUAUUACUGAUGAAUUACAGAAGAUGUUAGAUGCAGAUAUGGACAACGUAGACGCCAGGCGUUGUGCUAGAGAGGCAUUUAAACAUAUUCAACUUUCAAUUGAUCAUAUCUUAUUCAAGGUGCCACAUGCUGGAUUGAAGAUGGAGGAGUCUUAUGAGGUUAAUUCUCGAGGGCUUGAAAUCUUCUCCAAAAGUUGGCUUCCAGAGACACGUCCAAAAGCUGUUGUCUAUUUUUGUCAUGGUUAUGGGGAUACAUGCACUUUUUUUGGUGAAGGCAUUGCAAGGAAAUUAGCAUAUUUUGGUUAUGGAGUAAUUGCCAUGGAUUACCCUGGAUUUGGGCUUUCAGAAGGUCUUCAUGGUUACAUACCAAGUUUUGACCAGCUGGUUGAUGACGUCGUUGAGCAUUACUCAAAAGCUAAAGAAAAGCCAGAGUUCUGUAAUCUACAAAGCUUCCUAUUUGGGGAAUCCAUGGGUGGAGCAAUAGCUUUGAAGGUGCACCAGAAGCAACCUAAUUCUUGGAACGGUGCUGUUCUUGUUGCACCUAUGUGCAAAAUUGCAGAUAAUGUGGUUCCAUCAUGGUUACUAACACAAAUCUUAAUUGGCGUCGCAAAGUUUCUUCCAACGCAGAAGCUAGUUCCAACACAGGAUUUAGGAGAGUUGGCAGUCAGAGAUGCAAAGAAGAAAGAACACACUGCCUAUAAUGUCAUCUCUUACAAACAUAAACCCCGUUUACAGACCGCCCUGGAGUUACUGAAUGCCACAAAAGAGAUAGAGGGACUACUAGAAAAGGUAUCUCUGCCAUUGUUAAUCCUGCACGGAAAGAGUGAUCUAGUGACCGAUCCAUCCGUUAGCAAAGCACUGUAUGAGAGGUCAAUUAGUUCAGACAAGAAACUGUUCCUUUAUGAAGAUGCUUGUCAUGCCUUGCUCGAGGGUGAGUCGGAUGAAAUGAUACUUCGUGUCUUUGGUGACAUUAUUUCAUGGCUGGACGAGCAUACCAUCUCCUCCUAACCAUUUCUGCAAUUUUCGUGUUUUAUGUUUGUUUGCUAAUUUAUCUUGUAAAAUUUACAUGGUAGAAAGACACCUUUGUUGAGUUGUGACUUGUACAUGAAAUGAAA